UUUUACAAAACUUAAUUCCCUUCCUAGAAAUUCUUGCCCUCCUUUAAUUCAUUUCCCUUCCUUUUCCCUUCAAUUAUGGAACACAAAUAAAUGCCACUUGAUACUCAUAAGACCCCAAAACACUCCACAAAACUAGUCAAUCAAUCAUCUUCAUCUUCUCCAAAUCUCGAAAAAACAUCUUCAAAAAAAAAAAAAAAAAAACAAACAAAAAAAAAAACACUCAUCAUCACCAUCAUCAAUGGCAACAAAUCAUAGCCAAAAACCUCAUGCUAUAAUGAUUCCAUAUCCAUAUCAAGGUCACAUCACACCCUUUGUCUAUCUAGCCAUUAAACUAGCUUCACAUGGUUUCACAAUAACAUUUGUUAACACACAUUACAUACAUUCCAAGAUUUCAAACUCACAACAAUCAUCUCAACAAAAUUGCCAAAUUAUAAACAAAGAUGAUUUAUUUGCUAGAGCACGUGAAUCUGGACUAGACAUUCGUUACAAGACAGUUAAUGAUGGAUUUCCAUUAAGGUUUGAUAGGUCAUUAAAUCAUGAUCAAUUUGUUGAAGGAUUAUUGCAUGUUUUUUCGGCACAUUUUGAUGAAUUGGUUGAAGAUUUGGUUAAAGGGGACCCACCUGUGACGUGCUUGAUUGCUGAUACAUUUUAUGUGUGGCCAGCCAUGAUUGCUGAGAAGUAUAAUUUGUGUUAUGUUUCGUUUUGGACAGAACCUGCUUUGGUUUUUAAUCUCUAUUAUCAUAUGGAACUCCUCAAGAAAAAUGGACAUUUUGCUUGUCAAGAUAAUCGCAAGGACACUAUAGAUUACAUACCAGGAGUUAAAGCUAUUGAACCAAGGGACUUGAUGUCAUAUCUCCAAGCAACUGAUAUUUGGACUUGUGUCCACAGGGUACUCUACAAGGCCUUUGCAGAUAUUAAAAAGGCUGAUAUCAUCAUUUGUAAUACAGUCCAAGAACUUGAAUAUGACACUCUCUCAGCCCUAAACAAGAACCAGCCCACAUAUGCUAUUGGGCCCAUUUUUCCAUCUGGGAUCACUAAGGCCCCAUUCAGUAUUAGCCUAUGGUCUGAGUCUGAUUGCUCUCAAUGGCUCAAUAGCAAGCCCAAUACUUCAGUUUUGUAUGUCUCAUUUGGUAGCUAUGCUCACACUAGUAAAGAAGAUCUUUUGGAAAUAGCCCAUGGGCUUCAACUUAGUGGGGUGAACUUCAUUUGGGUUCUAAGGCCCGAUAUUGUGAGUUCGGACGAGACAGAUUUCCUGCCCGUUGGGUUCGAGGAGAGUAUAAAAGACCGUGGCUUGAUCGUGCCAUGGUGUAGACAAAUUGAGGUUAUCUCGCACCCUGCUAUAGGUGGAUUCCUGACUCACUGUGGUUGGAACUCGACAUUGGAAAGUAUAUGGUGUGGUAUACCGUUAAUUUGUUUUCCUUUGUUGACCGAUCAAUUCACUAACCGAAAACUAGUUGUAAAUGAUUGGAAGAUCGGAAUUAAUCUGUGUGACAAAGAACGUGUCACACACGAGGAAGUCUCCAAAAAGGUUAGGAAUUUUAUGUGUGGAAAUAGUACUCAAGCAUUGAGAAAGGCAGUGAAGGAAGUGAGAAAGACAUUAGAAAAUGCAUUAGGACAAGAUGGAUCAUCAGAGAAGAAUUUUCAUCAAUUCAUGGAAGACAUAAAGGUCAAUGUGAGGAAAAGGGCUGGGCUUUCUAAUGGGCAUGCUAGUCCAAUUUACCAAAAUGGUAAUGGGCUGAUCCAUUGAAUCUUUGAAAUCUAAUGUUAAUUGUAAGAAUAUGGGCUAAAGGGCCCAAGUUAGGUGUAGGAGUUUGGGCCAUUGCAUUUGGGCUAUGGUUCUAUCUCUUUCUUUUCUUUUUUGGCUAUGUUGUGCUCUUGUUAUAUUUUUUGCUCUUUGAAUUUUAUUUUUGCUUAGGUAAAUUCAGGCCACUGAAUAUAAAAGUUGUUUGUUCAAUAAAUAUUUUAGUUGAGUUUAUUUCAAAAA